GUUUCGACAGCUGACCUAUGAGUCACACUUCCUUCCCAAUGGUCCUUCAUAGUCUAAUAAGUACAACGUUACGCUCCAAUUUACAUGUGAGAAAAAAGAUUGUGGAAUGUUGUCAGAUUGGAAUUUUGUGUUUGUCUAGAUGAAAUUCUUUGCUUUGAUGAUGAUUAUACUGUUUAAUAAAAAAUGUCUGUUGUAUAACAACUCGCGAUCCAAAACCAUUAAAAAAAAGUGUUCAGAGGAAAAAGUGCUCAGAGGAUAUACUGUGGAUUAUCACUACCACAGAUUAUACGCAAGGGGUGUCAAAGGAUCCGCAGCUCAAAGUUCUCCUCGAGGGUGAAGACAGGAUUUACAAAUGGCGGAUGGGAAUAGUAAUAGAGAAGGGUUAUUGUCGAAGACUGAGAAAGAUAUUUUGUAUUAUGAGGAUUGUCCAGGUUGCAGAAUUGAUCACCGGAAAGAAACUAAUUUAGGAGCACCUUAUAAAGAAUUAGUCUAUAUUUGGAUUGUCGCAUUAUGUGCUGGUCUUCCCAUUUCAUCUUUGUAUCCGUACCUAUAUUUUCUGGUAAGAGACUUCAAUGUCGCCAAAAGGGCUGAAGAUAUUGGAUACUAUGCGGGAUGUGUAGGAUCUGCUUACAUGCUUGGAAGAGGUUUAACUGCUGUGCUAUGGGGAGCUCUAGCCGACCGAUACGGUCGAAAACCAAUUAUUCUCUUCUGUUGUACAACAAUGAUUAUCUUCACCACAUUGUUUGGUCUCAGUACCAACUUUUGGAUGGCAGUUUCUAUGAGAUUGCUUCUUGGAGCCUUUAGUGGUAUAUUUGGUCCAGUUCAGGCUUAUGCUACGGAAGUUUGCCGAAAAGAACACCAAACAUUGGCACUUUCAUUUACUAGUUCAGCAUGGGCAAUAGGGAUGAUAAUUGGUCCUGCUAUUGGAGGUUUCCUUGCUCAGCCUGCAGAGAAAUAUCCGAAUGUAUUUACUAAGGAUUCUAUAUUUGCAAGAUUUCCAUACUUUUUACCCUGUCUCUGCAUAUCUAUAUGGACAACAGCUGCGACUAUUGCCUGUUUAUGGCUUCCGGAAACACUGCACAAGCAUAAAACGACAAAUGAGGAAUCUCAUGGGACCGGUAUCACUGAAAAGACCCAAGAAAACGAUGAGACUGGAUCAACAGAAUCAGAAAGCCUCUACCGGAAUCGGCCAUUGAUGUCAUGUAUUAUUGUGUAUUGUGUAUUCUCACUUCACAACAUGGCCUAUGACGAGAUUUUUUCAUUAUGGGCUGUGAGUCCUAGAAAGUUCGGCGGAUUGAAUUAUACCACUGACAAUGUUGGCGAAGUUCUUUCAGUCACAGGUCUCGGUCUUUUCCUUUUCCAACUAGCAUUGUUCCCAAAGUUGGAGAGGACUCUAGGACCCCUCAUGGUUGCUCGAGUUUCCGCGGCUUUAUCUAUUGUGGUUCUGGGAAGUUACCCUUUCAUAGCUAAGCUAUCAGGGGCCAGCCUUUCCUUGUUAAUAAACAUUGCAUCUCUUCUGAAGAGUAUUUUAUCAACUUCUAUUUUCACUGGGUUUGUCAUCCUACAAAACACCACAGUAUCUCAGCACCAAAGAGGGGCUGCAAAUGGUAUUUCAUCAACUGCAAUGUCUCUAUUCAAAGUAUUCGGUCCAGCUGGUGGCGGUGCAAUCUUUUCAUUGGGGCAAAAGCGUAUGAAUGCUUCCUUUCUACCUGGCACCGAUUUGGUUUUCUUCAUCCUAAAUCUAAUUUUGGUGAUUGGAUUAAUCAUGACUUUCAAACCAUUUCUCGUUCUCCCUCGGUGGCUGAAAUAAAUAUCUACGAAGUAAAUUCAACAUUUAUACGAGAAAUGUCUUUAACAGCCUAAUUAUUACUAAGUCAAUAUCGUAGAUGAUUUUCUUUUUUGUUGAAAGAGCACCGACUUCACUACUCGAGUAUCAUCAAUAGUUAACAUCUUUAAGUGUAAGUAUAAUCCAAGUACUGACUCUCAUAAGUAGAUGUUGCAUAAAGAUUGAUAUUCAAAUCUUAUUUCAUUGACCUGUUUUGUAAUUUCAAAUCGAACUAUUUUCGGUUCGUGACCGCUGUUACCGAAUUUAUGGAAUGUUAUAAACAUCGUUUCAGGAA